ACUUAUCGCACAGUGUUGUAAUAAUUUAUCUAAAAACCUCAUAAUUUGAAUGUGAAAGUGUUGUUAAGUGCUACAAAAUCGCAUAUAACAAAAAUGUCUUACGCUCUAAUACGCCACUUGCGCCGUACGGCGUCAAUAUCAAAUCAAAUCCGCCUAGAAUCCACCAUGACCAACGUAACUCAGGAAGACUUUUUAAUUCGACCUCCGUUCGCACAAUGGACCAAAGUUAUAAGAGAAGCUGAGAAAAUAGUUGGAUAUCCGACCUCUUUCAUGAACCUGAGAUGGUUAUUGAGCGACGAAUUCGCUAAUAUGGCUAUGCAUUUGCGCAAAGUAGUUGGCAGCAAUCACCCAAUCAUACAAACAGCCAAAACAGUCCUCUACAACGAGCACAACAACCUUCAGCCGUGGGGUCUGGUCAUCCUACUACUCUCUAAAGCUAUCCGGCCCCCACAGUCCAACUCCAUCCUCCACUCCACCUCGGAGCAGCAACGGACACUCGCAGAGCUCACGGAAAUGAUCCGCACCGGACAUUACGUUCAUCGAGGCCUACUAAACAUUGAAUUCGACAAGCGAGGCAAGAAUACAGAAACAUCCAUGUUCGCCAACAAAAUAGCAUUAUUAAUCGGUGACUACUUACUUGUAACCGCUAAUGGUAUGCUAGCUCGAUUAAAAAACCAAGAUUUGUCAUAUCUUAUAUCAACUGCGCUAAGAGACAUUAGUGAAGGUGAGUUCUACAGUGAACGGGAUAAACAGAACAUGCCACUACCAGGGAAACCAAAUCAAAUAGGAAUGGAUGAGUUUGAAAUCUGUGCAGACACAUUACCUUUAGCUACGAAAGAUGUUUCUGGUUCACCAAUCAAAGAGUGGACUUUACGGACUAUGUAUAACGGUGGUUCUUUAUUUGGUAGAGGUUGUCAAGGAGCAUUGCUGCUAGGAGGCCAAGACUUAACGGAACAAGACAAGGCCUAUCAGUUCGGUUGCCACUUAUGUUUAGCCUGGCAAUCAGCUAGCGAGUUACAAAAAUUCACAUCUGAAAAUAAGGAAUCAUUUUCUUUAGUGAGUGCACCUGUGUUAUUUGCUUUAAAUGAAAAACCAGAAUUGUAUGAAAUCAUAGAUAAUUCUAAAGAGAACGUAGCAGAUGUAGACUUCUUAUAUUUGAAGGAGGAAGUGUUAAACACGGAUGCGUUGGAAAGGACUAAGUUACUCCAUUUAGAGAAUGCUAGGAAAGCGGAGUAUUUCGCUGACAUGUUUGGUGACAAUGAGUCAGUGCUUACAAUAAAAAGGCUAAUAAAGAAUCUAUAAAUAUGUAGAAAUAAUAUCUGUGCAGUGACCUAAUUUUGAGAGUUGUAUAAGGUGCCCUAACCUUAUUAUAAGGUGGUCUUUUCAGUAUGCACAAAACUGAACCAAAUGGUUUAUCAGUGAGAUGUUUGUGAAUUGGAACUACACUGAACAAAACUACAAAAUAAAUGUAGAUCUGUGAAAAAGACAAUAUUGUACGUACGUACAAGUACAUAAGUACUUCGGUAUUAAGCUGCCAUUCCACUUAGGUAGAGUUGAUAUGAGAGGAGUCAACCCAAAGUAAUUUAUUCCUCAUCUCCACUUGUCUGUCUUAGUGGGAAAGCAGUUAACCCUUAAGUGUAUGGUGUAUGGUAUCACUCGCAAAAUGACUUAACCUGUCGUCUGCGGAAGCGUCAAGAAAUCGUGGGUUUCCAACCUCAGGUACAUGCCAUGUAGAGCAAAAACAAUCGUUCCAGAAAAAAUGCAAAAAGAUGGAACUAUUUUUACUCACGGAUCCGUGCCUGAGCAUACUAUGUGUUAAGAAGAAUUCAAAUCCACAUCUAUUUUAAACUUUUAUAUUUUGUAUUUUUUAAUAUGUGCUAUAUAAUUAUAUUGUUCUUUUUUAUUUUUAGUUUCACAGUGCCUUAGUUUUUACUCUUAUGCUGUGUAACUUAUUUGAAUAAUAAAAUAAAUAAAUAUAGUAUGACAAAGUCUCAUAUUGACGUCAAUCUGAUGUCUAGUUGUGUCAUUUCAAUAGUAUCGUUUGUGAUACCAUAUGCAUCUAAGGGUUAAAUUAGUUGGAGUAAUCAAUCACCCAUCUUAAAGGCCGGCAACGCACAACACUUCUGGUGUUUCGGGUGUCCAUGGGCAGCAGUGAUCUUUUACCAUCAGGCGACCUGUCUACUCGCUUCGCCUAUCCCAUAAAAAAAAUUACCUUAGGGUAACAUUUACUAAAGAUGUGUUUUUUUUUUAAUACCACGUCGGUGGCAAACAGGUAUACGGCCCGCCUGAUGGAAAGCGGUCACCGCAACCUAUGGACGCCCGCAACUCAAGGGGUGUCACGUGCGCGUUGCCGACCCAUUAGAAACUUGUACACUCACUCACUUGUGUUGGUAUUGUUGAUGAACCGUUUAUUUUUAAUUUGUUAAAUUAAUAGCAUACGAUUGUAUACUUUCUGGUACAAAGUGAAAAGAUCCGAUAUGAUCUCAAACGUACCAUAUCAAGAAAAUUAUUUCCUAAUAGUACAAAUUUAAAAUAUUUUUAGAAUUUUAGUUUUUUGCUUAGAAUUAUUUUAUGCUUAGAAUUAUUCUAACCCUCUGUGACCAUUCGUGAAUGUCUUUAAAAAAAAAUCAGUUAAUACAUUGAUGGUAGCGAAUUAGAGUUGUAGAGUCUGGGUGCGUAUCCGAAUGGCACAAACGCUCACGAAACGAAACGCUCGCAGAUAUCUAUCUCUAUCGCUCGUGCGUAUUGGGGCGACAGAGCCAGACUACCUUUCGCGGCGUUUCGUUUUUGUUUCGCGUCGCAGAAAUGCCAUUUGGCUACGGCACCUGUUCGGAAAGAGUGGAAUAUAUUGGACCCCAUUCAUUUCACAACUUUUCGCUUUCCUAACAGACAAGAGAAUUUUGUUUUAAAAAAACUAAAGUAAUGCAGCUCAGUUCUGAUUGAAAAUGGCUAUUAUUGUAAUAGACGCAGGUUAAGAUCAUUUGACAAUAUUUACGCCAAGUAUACACGUUAAUAGAAAAAUCGUUUUCCAAAGGAAUUAUGAAAUUUCAAGUACCUUAAAUUAUUUUUAUCGUUUUUAGGGUUCCGUACCUCAAAAAGGAAAAACGGAACCCUUAUAGGAUCAUUCGUGCGUCUGUCUGUCCGUCGUCUCGUCACA